CAUUCUCAGGCCUACUACAUACGUAUAGUCGCUUGAGUGGUGAAAGUGGAGGAGCAGCGACGUAAGGAUCCUAAGGCCUUACAGGAUCUCUGCCGCAAAUUCCAAUUUUCAAAAUCUCGCGACGACAAGACAUCAUCACCAUUUAAAGGCACUACACCCGGCCUCAGGGAGCUGCAAACAGAGACUGCAACAGGCAGCAUCGCAUCAGCCUCAUUCGCUUUCACCCUGUCCUUGCAUGAUCUCAACUAGAAGCUCAAUUCAAGACCAACCCGCCGAAAGGCCCUCUGCCAUGCAUUUUCCCUCUUGUCACGGUCGCAUAUGGCGCGUGGAUGACUUUUCAAAAUGCAUACGCAACAACUACAUAAAGACUCUCAUUCCUGGAGCGAUCCUCCUUCUAUCACUUCUGUUCCUCACAGCCGCCCUGAUUCGGCACUUCGCAGAGUCCCGCAGUAGAGACUAUCAGCAUGUUGACUCAAGCAGCAUAGACACGGAUCUUUCCGAUGCAGAUGAGGCAGAGAUAUUCGCAAGAGCGAGUCAUAAGUUGCCACACGUCACAUCAAACGAGUACUAUGAACGGCCCAGUACAGAACGCGUCACAAAGGCUGUGGAGAUCCUUGCAGCAGCAGGUCUGGUGGCACUGCAUAUAACAUGCGCAGUCUUGCUCAAGCAUCAGCGCGCAUCAAUUGUCAAAGCCGUUUUUUGGGUGUACGUCUUGGCCCUCGUCACGAUCAAGAACCUCAGGCUACUCGGUGCUUCUUGGACGCGAACUCUCUUCACGCAUAUUGUCUUGCUCAUGUUUCUGACCUUUCCCCUUGCGUUCUUUGAGUUGCGAUCAGCUAUACUGCGGCAACCAAAGCAGGUACGAAUGGUUGCAGAAAGCAUCAACUUUGCAUUGGUCUCCAUUUUACUGCUCAUCUCAAUCACAUAUAGAUUCAGAGAAGAGCCAUACCGCAAAGUCUCACAGAAGGGUUUGCCACCCACUCAAGAACCGCUCGCAAGUUUGUUCUCCAUUGCUGCGUUCAAUUGGGUCAAUCCAGUCAUUUGGAACGGAUACUUCAAAGCGCAUACCAUGGAAAAUGUAUGGGACCUGAGGCAUGACGACUACGCGCAAGAAGUACUCGGCAAUUUCACAACCAUGAAGAAGGCCUCCAACUUGACGAUUCAACUAUUCAAGCAUUUCAAAGGAUUGCUGUUGACGCAAGCGGUAUGGGCUCUUUUAUUCUCCAUCUUCACAUUUGCGCCUACUCUGUUGCUCAAGAAGAUUCUAGAAUACCUGGAGGAUCCACAAGACACGCCACGCGGUGUUGCAUGGCUGUAUUGCGCUGGCUUGCUUAUCGGUUCCAUUUUCAGCACAGUCGGUAAUGGCCAAGCCUUGUUUAUUGGUCGACGCAUCUGCAUCAGGUUGCGCGCCAUUAUCAUUGGCGAAGUCUACGCAAAAGCGCUUCGACGCAAAGAUGUCUCAGCGCAAGGCGAUGGAGAUGCAGAUGACGGCCAAGCAAAUAAUGGUCAAAUCAUCAACCUCAUGGCUAUUGACGCAUUCAAGGUUUCUGAAAUUUGCGCCUACCUGCAUUACCUGAUUGCUUCAGUCCCGAUCGAGUUGACUAUUGCGAUUGGUUUGCUUUACAGUAUCUUGGGAUGGUCUGCAGCUGCUGGUAUUCUCGCCAUGAUUUUCCUGCUGCCUCUCAACUACUACAUCUCAAAACAAUUCAGCACCAUCCAAGAAGAACUCAUGAAGACGACAGAUAUCCGAAUCAAUCGCAUGAAUGAGCUGCUCAACUCAAUUCGCAUCAUCAAGUACUUUGCAUGGGAAGAGUCAUUCAAGAAGGACAUCAACGAGUGCCGAGCGGCAGAGCUCAAACAGUUGCGAAGGCGAUUCAUCAUGUUCUCAAUCUCUUCGCUCACUUGGAAUGCUUCGCCCGUCUUGAUCACGCUACUGACGUUCUUCACUUACACAAAAUUGGCGCACCAUGAUUUGACAGCUUCUGUCGCCUUCACUUCAUUGUCACUAUUCAAUGUGUUGCGCAGUCCGCUGGAUCAGCUAGCAGACAUGAUCACUAAUGUAUUGCAGUCAAAGGUCAGUCUCGACCGUGUCAGUGCAUUCUUGUCGGAGGAGGAGACGAAGAAGUACGAUCACCUCAAAAAGCCCAAAUCCACGGAAGGUCCCAAGAUUGGCUUUGUCAAGGGCACAUUCACCUGGGCUAGUCAAAAAGAUCUGGAUACACAAAGCAAUACAACUGCAUUCCAAAUCAAGGACUUGUCGAUCGAAUUCCCUGUUGGAGAACUUUCCAUCGUUUCAGGACCAACAGGGUCUGGCAAGACUUCGUUGUUAAUGGCUUUGCUGGGUGAAAUGACGCCACUGAAGGGAGAUGCUUUCCUGCCUGGUCCAAGGAAUCGAGAGGACGCAACGAUCCUGCCUGGCAGCGAAUUGACUGAUUCAGUAGCAUAUUGCGCUCAACAAGCCUGGUUGCUGAAUGACACGAUUCGCAGCAAUAUUCUGUUUGCGUCAGAGUACGAUGCAGUACGCUACGAGCGCGUCAUCAAGGCCUGCGCGUUGUCACGCGAUCUCGACAUUUUGGAUCAUGGAGACCAAACGCUGAUUGGUGAGAAGGGAAUUGCUUUGUCUGGUGGUCAAAAGCAACGCGUGUCACUCGCGAGAGCACUUUACUCGCGUGCUCGCCACUUAUUGCUCGACGACUGUCUCUCUGCUGUCGACUCCCACACGGCGAAGUGGAUUUUCCGGCAUGGACUCACUGGUGAAUUGGUGGAGCAUCGUACCCGCAUUCUCGUCACGCACAAUGUCGCGCUUUGCCUGCCAGAAGCAGCAUUUGUGGUUGUCCUUGAGAAUGGCAAACUCCUCGAUCAGGGACGUCCGAGUGAUGUUGUUGAGCGUGGUAGCCUUGGGCAUGACGAUGAAGCCCUCAAAUCAGCCGUGUCUGUUGCGAAUUCUCGCGCAGGCAGUGUCGCACCUUCGCGCAUUCCAUCGCAAGUGCGUAUCACGGAUGUCGUUGAGGAGCAACAGGGCGAUGUCAUCGUAGAUGCACUUGAAGCCAAAAAAUUACAAGAUAUGGCCAAGGCCAAUGCUCAGUCGCAGGAAGAAACGCGUGCUAUUGGGAGUGUCAAGUGGUCCGUUUAUGGCAAGUACACCAAAGCGCUUGGUAGCUUCCCGUUCUGGACACUUAUGAGUGCCUCGUUUCUUGCGCAGCGAGGACUAGAUGUUUUGCAGAGCUACUGGACCCGCGAGUGGGCGUCCAGCUACGCUACACGGCAUGUCACGUCGGUUCUUGUGCAAGCUCGAGGCCCAGAGACGGCACCGCAGCCCUUCUUUUUGUGGCAAACAGCAAGAGAGAUUGUGUCUCUCACACUGCAGACGACUGAUUUCUCAGAGAUGAAGAAGAAGGUAAGAGACAACGAAAACCUCAACUACUACCUCGGCAUCUAUGCCUUGAUUGCAUUCUUCUUUUGCGUUGCGACUUUUGCACGUAUCGUCAUCGUCAGCUUUGGUUCGAUUCGUGCAUCCAAAAAUAUACACGAACAGCUUCUUGAUCGGAUCGUACAUGCCAAGGCACGCUUCCUCGACAAGACGCCGAUGGGACAAAUUUUGAACCGCUUCAGCAAAGAUCUCGAGACCAUUGACCAGGAACUCGCGAUGAUUGCGCUUGCAUUCUUGCAUGACGCACUGACCAUCACCAUGACGGUGAUUAUCAUUACUCUGAUUACGCCAGGGUUCCUCAUUGCCGGUGUUGUCAUCACAGCACUCUACACAGUGAUUGGUGCAUUCUACAUUCGCAGCUCUCGCGAAUUGAAACGUCUCGAAUCGGUGACGCGAUCGCCCAUAUACCAACACUUUGGUGAGACGCUUGCCGGCGUUGUGACCAUUCGUGCAUAUGGUGACAAUCUGCGCUUCAUUCGCGAUAAUUUGGACAACAUUGACACCAACAACAGACCUUUCUACUAUUUGUGGGCACUCAACCGAUGGUUGUCGGUCCGAGUGGAUUUGGGUGGUGCACUUGUCAGUUUCUUCGCUGCUGUCUUCGUUAUCUUGAAUGUCGACCGGCUCGAUGCUGGGUUGGCGGGUAUCUCGCUGACUUAUGCAAUCAGCUUUACAGAUCAUAUUCUAUGGUGUGUGCGACUAUACAGCAUGCUCGAAAUGUCUAUGAACAGCGUUGAGCGUAUUGACGAGUACCUCGAGGUCGAGCAGGAAGCUCCUGCCAUUGUCGAGGCACAUCGCGUACCUGCAGGUUGGCCAAGCAAGGGAGUCAUCGAGGUGGAAAAUCUCGUGCUUCAGUAUGCACCCGAAUUGCCUGCCGUGAUUAGGGAUGUCAGCUUCAAGGUUGAGGCUGGUGCCAAGAUUGGUAUUGUUGGUCGAACAGGAGCCGGCAAGUCCACCAUUGCGACUGCGUUCUUCAGGCUGAUUGAGCCGACGAGUGGUCGCAUCACCGUGGAUGGCAUUGACAUUACCAAGAUCGGUCUUCGUGAGCUUCGACAGGGUUUGACCAUCAUACCGCAAGAUCCAACAUUGUUUCAAAGGACUUUGCGGUAUAACCUGGAUCCGUUCGGGGAACACACCGACUCGGAAAUAUUUGAGGCGCUGCGUCGUGUUCAUCUCAUUGGCGAGUCCUCGGCAUCGAGCGUCGCUCAAGGAGGAGAUGAAAACAUCAACGUCUUCUUCAACCUCGACACCCAGAUUGCUGAAGGCGGCAACAAUCUUUCGCAAGGCCAGAAGCAAUUGCUAUGUCUUGCACGAGCUUUACUCCGCAUGCCUCGCGUCAUUCUUAUGGACGAGAGCACGGCAAGCGUGGAUCACCUCACCGACGCCAAGAUCCAAAAGACCAUCCGACACAACUUUAAGCACUCGUCGAUCUUGACGAUUGCACACCGGCUGCGUUCAAUUGUCGAUUAUGACAAGAUUCUCGUGCUUGAUGCUGGUGAGCUGCGAGAAUUCAAUCAUCCACACCUGCUCUUGCAAGGAAAGGACAGUGUAUUUAGGGAAAUGUGUGAAGCAAGCGGGGAAUACGACGUGCUUUGUGAUAUGGCCAAGCAAGCUUUCGAGAAGGGGCCGCUGGUAGAUUUGGCAUAGCCUUCUCAUCAUAAAUUGCCAGACUAUAAAGUACAUGGAAUUGAAAUGUCUCUCCAUCUGACUCAGGCUGUCCGUCGUGUCCGA